GACCUUCAAAUCGGUCCUCACCCCUCCUUUCCUUGAUCUCGACAGCAUUCCUCGAAUCGCUCCCCACAUUCCAUCCCAGAAGUUCCUGGAGAGCACCUGCCUCUUCGAGCUAUUCUUUGGCUGAGGAAUUGAUCUGGGCUGAUCUUGAGUAUCGCCGAUUUUGGUCCGUUUCCUUGGGACUGGUAGCCCAGCGACCGGAUUUGUUUCCUUUGUAUCGCUACUCUCCAAAUCACGAGUCGAUUGUCGACGCACCAUUGCAUUCUCCUACAUUGGCUGGCGUCGCCACAGUUUUCCCUGCAGUCUAUCCAGCUGAUCCCUUUCCGGACCGAACGCCUCUUGUUUCGUCAUAUUUGCAAACAUCAGCCACGAUGGAGUUCAGCACGAAGCGACGCACCUCCUUUUCUUUUCUGUUCGGGUCACAGAAACCAACUUUGAUAACCCAGCAAAACCAGCUUGCCCAUAACCAACCCACCCGUGACUUGGAAUUUGUUGAUAGCCCUAGCAUCUAUCAGCCAUCAUCGCCGUUAAUCGACCGACCGAAAAUCCCUACCGACCUAGAAGCACAGCUUAGAAAUGCCUGUUCAUUACUCGUAUCCAGGAACCCGAAAGGCCAGCCGUCGGGGCCUAGCAAGCGCUCUCGCGCGGUCACAACCAAUACGACGAUGCACGAACCGUCCACGGCGCCUCAGAUUGACUCCAUGUAUGUGUUUCCAAAAGUGGGAGCCGAAGUGGCAGCCCUGAAGGACAAGUACGAUUCCGGGGUCGUCUUGACCCAGCAGUCCAGUAUGCAGGCUAUGAGGGUUCUCCGUUCCCAAACCAGCCAACACCUCAAGUGCGAUAGUCUCGAAUCGGGACGAGCGACAUCUUCCCACUCAGCACUCGCUAGCGAUGGAACGCAGUCCUCGAGUGCCCCGCCUAGCCGAGCAGGCUAUGGUAGCCAAGCAAUGGGCCCGGGAAAGGAGAGCAGGGAUAGGAGUCAGAGAGUCAAGGCCUUCCUCGACGGGUCUGAGUCCGAACCUCAUCCGGAUGGGGAUGGCAAUCAUGUAGACGCUGUUAGCGAAGAUGAUGUUGAAGUCUUUCUGGACCCCGAGACUACACUCAUGUCCACCGGAGUUCCUAGCUUCCAUUCACCCCAUUCAGUCCCGAGCAAUAUCACACCAGGUCUCGGAAAGCCUGUGGAACCAUCAUCGAACAACGACGGUGGAGUCGCUGAAUCGGAAGCCCCAAUCGUCCACCCUCCUGAGUACACCGAUCCGCUGGACCUGGGCUCCACUGUUGAAGCAAGCAAACAACACCCCGGGAUCAUCAUCGACAGCAGCGGCCUAGCGCACGUCCUCACCGCUGCAGAAGAAACGGAACGCGACAUGAACAUCCAGCAGGCGGUGAUGGCCAAGAUGAGAACGGGCACUAUUGCUAAUGCCAGCACGCCGCACCUCCCAGUCUGCACCGAGUCGACAGACAACGUUUCCAAUCUUCGCCCCGGGUCUAACGCCUCAAGACUGAAAACCUCCUGGUCGACAAUGAGCAAGGCAACAAGCCGGAAGCUCAGAUCUCGAGGAACUGAGGACGUGCCCACCAAUGAGAAAACAGUCUUCCGCAGACUGAGGAACCUUUUCUCGAAGCGCAAACCCGUGAACGUUGUCCCACCGGUAGGCACCUAUUGAUGAUAUAGAUAGGACAGAUACUUCUUGGCCCUGGAUGGCUUUUAUUUACACAUAAUUGUUACGACUUUCGGUGACAAUACGACAUUAUCCUUUUACAAUUACUAUCUUGAUUCAAGAUUUAGAGAGAGAUCCGGUGU